AAACAAAGUCCGAUAAACACCAUCACCCAAUAAUGAGAUCAGUUACAGUCGCAGUAUAGCAUUGACCAUAGUACUGCAGUUUGGUGAUAUUUCUGUGAACCUGGUUUAACAACGAUACUCUAACACUGUAACUGAAGCUGGAAUGGAUCCUGGAACACCACUAGUCGUGGAUAAUGGAACUGGUUUCGUCAAAGUAGGAUACGCCGGCUCCAACUUCCCAGAACAUGUAUUCCCCUCCAUCGUUGGCCGCCCCAUAUUGCGCGCAGAAGAGCGCGUAGGCUCAGCAGUGAUCAAAGACAUCAUGAUCGGCGACGAGGCCGCAGAGAAUCGUAACUACCUCCAAGUAACGCAACCCAUGGAACACGGUAUCGUCAAGAACUGGGAAGAUAUGAAACAUCUCUGGGACUACACCUUUGACGAGAAGCUCAAAGUCGACCCGCGCGGGCGCAAGGUCCUCCUCACCGAGCCCCCGAUGAACCCACGGGUAAACAGACAGCGCAUGUGUCAGGUGAUGUUCGAGGAGUACGGCUUCCAGGGCGUUUACGUCGCCAUUCAGGCUGUGUUGACGCUCUAUGCGCAAGGUCUUACGACGGGUGUUGUCGUUGAUUCUGGAGAUGGAGUGACACACAUCGUCCCGGUGUACGAUGGUUUUUCACUUCCUCAUUUGACGCGCCGUUUGGAUAUCGCUGGACGAGACGUAACGCGCUACCUGAUCAAACUACUGCUGAUGCGUGGCUAUGCAUUCAACCGUACCGCCGACUUUGAAACCGUCCGAGAGAUCAAAGAGAAACUGUGUUAUGUCAGCUACGAUUUAGACCUUGAUCAGAGACUAUCAGAAGAAACCACAGUUUUGGUAGAAAAUUAUACGCUGCCCGACGGACGGACGAUCAAAGUGGGCUCUGAACGCUUCGAGGCACCUGAAUGUAUGUUCCAACCUCAUCUCGUCGAUAUCGAACAGCCUGGCGUAGCAGAAAUGUUAUUCCAAACGAUUCAGAACGCAGCACGUGAUAUUCGCACAGAACUAUACAAACACAUCGUGCUUUCAGGCGGCUCUAGUAUGUAUCCUGGACUGCCCAGCCGUCUAGAGAAGGAGAUGAAACAGCUUUACCUCACCCAUGUACUCAACGGUGAUCCAGAAAGACUGAACAAAUUCAAAAUCAAGAUCGAAGAUCCUCCACGCCGGAAACACAUGGUCUUCCUUGGAGGGGCAGUCCUGGCCGACAUCAUGAAGGGCCGAGAGGAGUUCUGGAUAUCGAGAGAAGAGUGGUUCGAACAGGGUAUCGGCUCUCUCGACAAACUGGGACGUGGAGAAAACUAGAAUACGAUAUCGAACUCACUUAUAUGUACAGUCGAUGUGACGAUUAGUGCGAGGUCGCUUGAAUGCUUUUUUCCCAUUUCUGACAGG